AUGUCAACCCCUACUCAAACCCCACCGUUCCGCACUCGCUCAUUGACUUCAACAGUCCACUCAAAUUCUUCACCGUCUACCAAAACUUCCACUCCUUCUCGUCCCAAUCAGCCAUUACAUAGAAGGAAAUUGUUGCUCCACAUCGAUUUUAUAAACCUUUAUUGGGUCAUUAGGUAUUUAAAUACCAAUUCAUUGACUUUCUCGAAAGAUCUAAAUGUCCGAUCGACAAUGACGAAACGAUCCCUAGAGAUCGAGCGAGGAAGCAGAAUCAUCAGCUUCCCAUCAUUUUCUGGUCUUAGACACAGUCCAUUCAGCAAAGGAGGAUGGGAUUGGCACGAUAUAUCUUCCGAUGGUGAACAGGAAGAAUCGGAAGUUUAUAAUGGUCUGGAGAAUAAGACUGUAAAAUUUGUUUCUAGCGAAAGUACGAGUACUGCCGAAUCUGUUACGUCUGCAAGUGGAACAAUACCAAAUUCCGCUUCUACUAGAAGGGUUUCUAGUGAAUCUUCCACUACCACUUCGACAUCCAGGUUCAGCACGAAAGACAAUCCAACAAGAACGACAAGUCGAUCGCAUCUACACUCUCAGGAAGAUCAUCCUCCACUCUCUUCGCUCUUGGCUUCUAGGUCUGAGCCUCAUAUUCAAUCGCAGCCUGAUCCCCAUCCCCGUCCCACACCCAUACCUCCCUCGGCAGAUGCGCUGGUGAUAUACAUAGCGGCUGAUAAGUACCGAUUGGACAUUCUGAGGGGUUUGGCCAAAGAGCAUAUAUUGAAAUAUCUAGAUGAAGUGAAUUGUAUACCCCUUGAAUUCGCGAGUUAUUCUUAUGAUGAGUUACAUUCAGAAGUAUUAGACUACAUGGUGGGUGGAUCGUGGAAUCAAGUGAAAUCAUCUAAAGAAUUUUUGAAAUGUAUUCAAGAAGUUCGACAAGAUGUCUGGGGAGUGAACGGACCGAUGGUAUUGCAUAAUAUCUAUAUGAAACUUUGA